GGUUUUAUUUCUUGUAGAAAAAUUUAUUUGUGGUAUAUUUUUCAAUGUUUAAGACGUUUAGCUAAUUUAUUCGUGAGUUUUGUGUGUUUUGCUUGAUCAUCCGUUCGAGAAAACAAGAAAAAUACUUUUAGUGUAAAUUAUCCGUAGACACGCCAAUUUGUAAAAGACGUUGCAACUUAAUGGAACUCGAAACUGGAUAUGGAAUUCGAAUAUAAAAUAAUCGAGUAAUACAUCGUCAAAAAAAUAUAAGGAUAAUCAGGAAAUGACGGCGCCAACGAAUUUUCCAUCCGAAAAAGUGAUUUGUAAUAAAAACAUCAUGAGAACACAAAGAAUCACGAAAAUUGUUUACGAGAAACGGAUAAAGCACGGCACGUCUUGUAGCCAAAACAGCAUAAACAGGAUGUUGUUAAUAAUAUCUUCGGUGUUUAUAGCUUUAAAUUUACCAAGCUAUUUGGUAAGGCUUUGCGUCUACUUCGAAGGUAUAGCUGAAAUAAGAUUCUUUCGUAUUUAUUUCGAGUGUCUCCAACAAUUCGCUAUGAUUUUAUACUACACCAAUUUCAGUAUUAAUUUUUUGUUAUACACCAUGUGCGGAAAAGCCUUCAGAAUGUGCUUAAAGACAUUCGUCAGUGAUAUUUUCAAAAAACUUUUUUGUUUCCCAAAUAGAACUCCGGGCUUCCAAUUGUGAAAUGGUUUUUUUGGAAAUUGUAUGAUACGAAAAUAAAUGUACAAAAAUAAA